AUGGACGAGGAGGCCCAAGCCACCACGAAGACCUCCAAGAUAAGCCGCACCUCGGUCAAGCGGCGGCGGCUUUCGACGGUGACCGAGCCGACGCUGUGCGACAUGGCUCCGUUGCUGAGCCAGACGUUGGAGAUGGCGCGGCCGCCCGUCAAGGAGUUCCUCAAGCACGGCCUCGACGCACCCAUCGCCAAGCACGGGGCUACACGUGGAGGAACGGCGACUACGACGGCCACCUCCAACGUCAUGCUCGGCUCUCUCCAAGGCACUGGAGUUGAGUGUAACAGCUCAGAACAGACCGCGUCGAGUCAACAGGGAGACUCUUCGUCGAUCAGAGGCUUACGCGCGCUCAUCGGGCUUCGACGCCGUGCGCCCUUGCAGGAGGACGAAAAUGCGAUCGAGAAACGCGAGCAUCUGAAGCGGCAACUGGAGCUGUUCCUGCUUCCCGAGCAUCCGCUUCUGUCUUCGGCGUUGCUUCGGCAGCCAGCCAUCAGUAAGGAGAACGAGCAGCGUCCCUGGAUGAUACACCCCUACGGAAAAUUCAGGGCUCGCUGGGACAUGACGAUGGUGCUUCUGGUGGUGUCCAACGUGGUGCUCAUUCCGGUGCAGGCCGCCUACUUUAGCAGCGUCGAAGACGAGAUCUUCCAGUGGUUGCUCUUCAGCCUCGUCUCAGACGCCGUCUUCGCCGCGGACAUCGUCUUCAACUUUAGAACUGGGGUGAUCGUGGAAGAGGACUACGAGCGCGUGGUGAUGGACCCGGGCUAUGUGGCGCGCAGCUACCUGCGCGGCUUCUUCCUCAUCGACCUGGUGUCCACGCUGCCCUGGGACUACCUGCUCGCCCUCAUGCUCACCCUGUUCAACCACGAGGCCGACGAAGGGGACGCCUCGUUCGCCAUGACCGUGCGCCUCCUGCACCUCACGAAGUUCCUCAAGCUGCUCAAGCUGCUCCGCCUCACCAGGCUCGUCCGGUACCUGGACAACGUCGAGCAGAACUAUUUUUUCUACUCGAGCGGCGUGUACCUGCGGUUAACCAACUACAUCGGGCUGCUGCUGCUCAUUGGUCACUGGAACGCGUGCCUGCAGUUCUUCGUGCCCAGAAUGCAGGGCUUCCCGUCGGACUCCUGGGUCGCCAAACAAGACCUUGUGCGCAAGCCCUGGUUCGAGCAGUACUCCUGGUCGGUGUACAACGCCAUUUCGCAAAUGGUUUCGUGUGGCUACGGGCGCACGCCGGCCGCCAACGUGGCCGACGCGUGGCUCAUGUGCCUCGGCAUGGCCUCCGGCACCGUGGGAUACGCGCUCCUGCUCGGUUUGUGCGCCUCCACCAUACAGACCAUGGACUACUCGAGGCGACUGCUCAGGGAGAAGCUGAAGGAAGUGGAAGACUACAUGCAUUGCCAGAAGUUCCCGACUAAGCUGCGCUCCCGAAUGCGUGACUAUUUCGAGAACCGCUACGAAGGGCGCGUUUUCGACGAGGCCAAGAUUCUCGCAUCGCUCUCGGACCCACUCAGAGAGGAGAUCGUCAACCACAGCAUCCGCACGACGGUUCGCACGGUGCCCUUCUUCGCCCAGUCGGAGCCGACGUUCGUGGCCGAGCUGGUGUCGCGGCUUCGGCACGAGUUCUUCCAGCCGGGCGACCUGAUCGUCAAGCAGGACACGGUGGGCCACAAGAUGUACUUCCUCCAGUCCGGGAAGGUCAACAUCGUCCACGACAACGGGGAGUUCGUCGCCAGCGCGUACGCCGGCGCCUACUUUGGAGAGAUGUGCAUGCUGACCCGGGCCCGUCGGCAGGCGAACGUGGUGGCCGAGACGUACUGCAACGUGCUGUCGCUGUCGGACGAGGACUUCCAGCGGGCGCUCGACAAGCAUCCGCUCAUGCGCCGCGCGCUGGAGGCACUGUGCGCCGAACAGGGCGCCCAGUUGAACCCUGCGGCAAAGUCGCCGCCCUCGCUGAUGUAGCGCAGCCGCACGGCCGCCGAUAGCUAGGUCGUCGCCUCGUUGUGUGUGCGCGCGCCGUGGCGUCCGCAUGUGGGAACCCCGCGCCACCCGAAUGGGUCGUACGCUGCGUGGAGUUUGUGCCGCACAGUUUCCGUGAUCGUUUGCAUAUCGUGUAUGUAGAGACCAAUAACUGUGCCCGGAUGUGUUUAUGCGUGUAGCGCUUCCACAUGCAGCGCCGCGCCGUGCCGAGACUGUGUCCCGCGACGAUACCACGCGGUUGCCAUCUUGGAUCGAGUGAAAAAAAAAAAAAAACGAGAAAGUGUUUCACUUGCUUUUCUUCCCGUUCCCCUCGGAUUAUCCUCUUUUCGCGUCAACCCCCCUCCCCCACCCCCUUUAUUCAGUACUGUGCGUGCAGCUACACGCUUAGUGCAGGCUUCGCAAUGUUGAGUGUGCACUUUUAUUGAUAAGCUACUUUGUUUUGCGAAGACAGCGGUGAUCAUGUGUCAUAGCAUUUGAAACCUCGACAUUAGUCGAGUCGCUAGGCGAUUCUGUUUAGAAGAGACGUUUUCAUUACGCGCGCGUGGGAGACGCUCGUCUUUCUUUUGUGUACUUGUUCCUCUCUUUCUUUUCCUUCGAUUUUGUACGUGUACAGUUGCGCCAGUUACCCGCAUUGUUCAGCGACUUGUUGAACAAUAAUGACAACGUGAAAAUUCGCAUUCGUUUAGUGCUCCAGGUACGUAACAGCUCUGCCCACCGUUCGACGCUGUUGGAAUAUCCGUAUCAACAAGGACAAAAUGCUCCCGCCUAUACAUCCUGGCUACAUCGGCCGCAGCAAAUGCGCUCGAAGGCUAACUCCUUGCUGUCAGGUGGUCGUUAAAUCACGACUUUUAUGACAGCAGGUAAAAAAAGCACAGCUUACAGGGUGAGUCGGUACCAAAACCAACCUCCUUUAUUCGCAAACGAGAAUAGAAGGGAAAAAAUUAAAGAAGCAAUUUCUUCUGAAGUCGUGUUCACGUAGAGGCGCUUUCUGGGAAAAAAAGAUGUGCCGUCUACCUACAGCAGCAAGAUGAUAUUUAUUUAUUUUCCUCCUUUCUUCUUUCCUUUUUUCCUUCUUUUCCUUGGCUACGAACUGUGUUUCCCUGUGAAUUUCGUAUGCGAGUUUUCUCCUCGUAGAACCCUGCUGCAUUCGAAUAAAACGUAAGCUCUCUUUCACAAUAAAUUUGUGCCUCUAGAAUUGUAUUGCGUCGACUUUUUUCGUUGUCGAUUCAACGACCACUCAGUUAAUAACUGCAUAGAGAGAGAGAGAGAGAGAGCGAUGCGUAUCCCAUCCCUAAAUGGUCCACGCACGACUUCAAAUGUAGCCAGCGACGCCACCCACUCCAGUGAACGACUAGCGAGGGGCCAGAGAAGUGGCCUAAUGGACUUCCUGAAGCUGCCGGAUCCACUAGCUCUGCCCAAGGGCGUAAGUGCCGGACAACGGCUGUUCAAACAGAAGUUCGAGCCCUUGUAGACCGCGCCAUAACCUACCGCCGAGCGCCGAGGGGAAAUCUGUGAAGGCGGUGCUGUUUCUAAGCGAGCUCGCUGAAGAGACUGUCGAUUUGUAGACGACGCACUUAGCUGCGCGAACGACGCUUUCCGCGUGGCCGUGCUGGCGAAGCUAAUUGCGCGAUUAUUUCAUAUUAAAGGAGUACGGGAGCGCAGAUGUUACGCUCGAGAUGAGCACGUUGGCAAGACUUGCACGCCUAAUUGAUAUGGCAUUUACCAUUCGAUGAAUACGCGCCACUUUACCUUCCGUCUUUUGUGUACUCAACAGUGCGUUUCUUGAUUGUUUUUCGAGCUAAGUGUUGUUGUUUGUAUGCGUCACUUUCGUUGUUGCUUUCGUUUUUUCUUCUUCUGUUUGCUGCGUAAUGUUGAAGUUGUAAAAUUUUGUGGCUCUCUUUAGUCUUGUAUUGUGAAGUAUGUUAUCUUGCGUUAUCUUGUAUAUUGAAGGAUGUUAUCUGGUGUUAAUUUGUUUUUCUGAAACCACGUAGCGGCUCCGCGUUGCCAAGUCCUGUAAUCGUAGGGGCCAUACUG